UAAGUCCUUCCAAAACAUGUUGUGACUUCCUCUUCAACACGUUAAAGCUAUGGCAUUAACACAAGUCCUGUAGAAGAUUCUUAGAUAGAGAGAGGUCUCUAUUGUUCUUCUUCAUUUUUUUCACUUUAUUAAUUAUAUGAAUUGAUAGCAAAUGAUGAAUUGGCAUGCUACGUAAGUCAAGGAACUGGAGCUAAGGCAAGUCCUUUCUAUUGCUUUGAAUAGUUGUAAAUCUAGAAGAUUAUCAGCAUGAGUAAUCUUGUCUUGACUAUCUAAUCUUAUACUUGCCUUUGUCUUCUGAUAAAUGUCUUUCUUGAGGUUAUACUUUUAGAUAGAAUAUAUGUUCUAAACUUUUCAAAUACAGACUAUUAGAAUCAUUAAUUUUUAAUUAUAAAUUUAUGCUAUAUCAGAAAAACUAGUUUUAAUGUUUGAUAGUAAGAAUUAAAUCCUAGGCACUUUGAAAUUGGAAAAAAAUAAAUUUUGAUUCCUAAUACCAGUUUCAAUACUUUACAUAAGAAAAUUAAAUCUCAAUCACUUCGAGAAUUGAAAAGGAUUAAAUUCUAAAGAUUUAAAUUAUUGGUUAUCUCAUUGGAACUUAGAAAACCAUUCUUCUAGUAUCCGUCUAUUAAAUUCGUAACUAAUUGAUUUUCCAACCAAAAGUCUCUCAUUGUAGUGCCUCUUGAGAAAUUGAAACAUUCAUUUUCUGAUAUUUCAUGUACCAUUUAUCAAUUUAAUUUAAUUUAAUGAUGUAGUGAGAAUUAUUUUUCUCUUAUUCCAAACACCUAAUAAAUUACAAUAUGCUUCUUAUUGCUUGCAUGCAUUUAUAAAAGGCCCCAGAUUUUAUUACUUUACAUUCUUUCCUUCCAAAUAUAACUAUUCUUCUUUCUAAUUCUUCUUAAUCAAAUUGUGUACUUGAAUCAUAUAAGGCAAAGAUGGAAUUUGAUGAGUAUGACUUUGUUCAAGAUAAUAAUGACUCCAUGGAGACAUGGUAUAUUGUCAUAAGAGUUUUGAGAAAAUGGCACAUAAACUAGAAAAAUUCCUCUUACCAUAUCUGGAACAUUUCAUUCUUGCUCAUUGAUGAGAAGGUAUUCAUUCAAACAAUUCUGAAGAAAUGUAGGCCAUUGACAUCUACGACAAAUGUAGUUUACAAGAAAAUUUUUCAAGAUGUUGAAUGAGGGGAAAAACAAGAUGUUUUAUAUUAAAUUUGAAUAAAUGUAUCCAUAUUAUGUAUUCUUUGUGGAAAUAAUGCAUUGUAAGAAAAUGCAAUCUAACCAAUCUUCUUAUUUGAUUUUUAUUAAAAUCUCAUUCUUUUCAUAACUCAAUAAUGCAUAAUGGAAUCAUCAAAAAUUAGAUAUUUUUAACCUUUACCUAUAAUUUACUAUAGGAUUGGGAAACAAAGAUAAGAUGUUAAUAAGUCAAACAUCCAAAAAGGAAAAUGGCAUGUAGAAUAACACUUGAAAAUAUAACAAUCUCACAUCCAUCUUUAUCCAUGGCAUCAAUUAUAUUUUUCCCAAAUUCCUCAAUUCUAACCCGUGCAACGCACGAGAAAGAGCCUAGUUUCAUUAUCAUAUAUUGUAUGUUUCUCACUCCUUCUUCAUGCAUGUCGUGCGCACUACCAGGAUAGGUUUCCAAUUUAAUAAAUGAUACUUGAUAAAAUAGAAAAAAUUAAUACCCAUUAACCUUUAGAAUUUCAUAUCAUUUCAAUACAUGUUCCUUAAAUUCUAAUAUAUUUGUAUAUAUUUUGAUUAUUUAAAUCAAGAAAAAAUAUGCAUUUUGUAUUGGAUUUGCUCAUUGAGCUUUAUUGUGUCAUCUUUGGCAUAAUUUAUGCUAUUUGUGUUUAAGGUCUAGUUGGAAGCAUUUUUGGACCCUUGAUGGUACUUUUGAAAUGCUUUUGGAUGAAGAAAUCAAAUGGAAAGACUAGUCAUGUUAAUUGGAAGAAGCAUGCAAAACUAGGGCCAAAGUCGCGACUUUCAUCUCUGUUAGAGGUUUUCUUUUGAAGAGCUUGAACAAGACUCUGAUUUACUUCAUCCCGAAAUGUGAAGUCACUCAGUCUUUUAAGGACUAUAUGCCAAUUAGUCUUUGUACAGUGAUCUAUAAAAUCCUCCCAAAAGUUCUUGCGAGUAAUAUCAAGCAGAUCCUGGAUGACUGCAUCUCGCCUCAUCAAAGUGAAAGGAAGACUCAUUUCAGAAAAUAUUUGAUUGCUGAGAGCUUUUGCACUACAUUCAUUCAUCGAAGAAGUGUGAAGGUAAAUGGGCAGCGCUUAAGAUUGACUUUUCAAAGGCUUUUGACAAAAUUUCUUGGCCUUUUCUUCAGGCUGUUUUAUCCGAAAUGAAUUUUCCUCCCAUUUGGAUUUCUAUGAUUAUGCAAUGUGUCUCCUCUGUGUCGUAUCAGCUUUUAUUAAAUGGCAAGCCUUCCAAAAUUUCAAUCCAAAGAGGGGGAUUAGGCAAGGAGAUCCUCCAUCUCCAUAUCUCAUCAUUAUCUGUGCUAAUGUCCUUUCUUUUGCCAUUACAAAAAGCGAACAUUGUAAAAAUUGGGAAGGGAUUAAAAUUUGCAGGGGAGGAGAAGCUAUGACUCAUCUUAGCUAUGCAGAUGAUACUUUAUUAUUUUUCAAAGCUGGGAAAAUCCAAUGCAAAUGUGAAGGAAGCAAUUGAUGAUUAUUGUUUUUUCUCUGGUCAAGAAGUUAAUUUCAAUAAAUCAGAGGUUAUUUUCAGUCCCAAUACCACACCUUUGUUGCGCUGGAAUUUUAAACACUCGUUACUCUUCUUCUUUGGGCAUAUAUCUUGGAAUGUUCAUUAAUAAUGGAUCUAGAAAGCACAGAAUUUUCAGGGAUUUGAUGCAAAAAAUUCAAGCAAAGCUUGGAAGUUGGAAGAUUUUGAUGUUAUCCCAAGCUGGAAAACUAACUCUAAUCAAAUCAGUUUUGGCCUCUUCCAGCAUUUAUCAACUUUCAUGCUUCCUUCCACUAAAGAGCCUGGCGGCAAAACUUGAUUCCAUAUGUGCGAAUUUUUUCUAGGGUCCAUCUUCUAAUGGCAGUAAUAAAAUGCAUUUUGUCCCAUGGAAGAAUUUAUGCAAGCAUAAGAGUCUGGUAGGUCUGGGCUUCAGAUCUACUUAUCACACUAAUAUGGCUUUACCUGCAAAGCAGGCAUGGAGGAUUGUUUCUGCAAAUGCAAAUUCUCUGGUGGGGAAGACUCUACAGGUUAAAUAUUUGGAUUUUAUUCUGAAGGGUGAUUGCAAGCCUAGAAAUAGAUUCUCAUGGGUCAUGAAGGAUGUUCUUAAGGUUUCCUUUUUGAUUGCGAACAACCUAAAAUGGCAGAUUGGUGAUGGAACUAUGAUUCCUUUAGACCAUGUGAAAUGGUUUCCUUUGCAAAAUGACUCAGCAAAUCAUAAUGUCACCGUGGCUAAUCUUAUUUAUAAAGAACAAGCUUUCUGGAAUGAACAGCUCUUAUCUUCCCUUUAUUCACGCCGAAUCAAGGAGGAAAUGCAUCAUCGUCAAUGUUCAUCCUUAUGCCCUUUCUACAAAGAUCAGGAGGAAUCUUCAGAUCAUAUUUUCCUUUCCUGCGACUUUGCCAGAGCAGUUAAAACUGCUGAACCUAACUCCAUCAAUGUUCCUAUUCACCAAAGAAUUUUCCUCACUCUGCAAACUCUUUGGGAUUCUAGAAACCUAGUAAAACAUCAAUCAAAAGAAAUUCAUCCUUUUCAGGUAAUUCAAAAGGUAAAAUGGUAUACAUCCUUUUUGUCCCUAACUUUAGAUGAAAUACCAAAAACUCCAAAACAGAUGAACUCAUGCAAAAGGUUAGAAAUAGUUGAAGCUAAAGCAAGACCUGGUUGUUUUCUCAUCAUUGAUUUGGUGAACAAAGUCAUACUUUAGGGAGUAAAUCGAAAGGACUUGACAUCAUUAUAUUCAGGGAUUUUAAUUUUGUCAAUGCAAGAAGAAAGAUUUUGGACAACGAAUGGUAAUCCUAUUUUUUUCAUUCUUAAAGAAUUGAGAUCUAUUAUCAAAUGGAUCACAGAUUUGGAGGACUUUGGCCUGCUAGGCUUUUAUGAUAUUACUCUAGUUUUCAAGGAUCCCAAACUAUUAGGAAAUUUUUAGAGUAGAGCUGCAGUGUUCCUGGAGAGCAAAAUGCUUUGGAUUAAUGUCAACUGCUUCUUGUCUCUGUUUCACUUUUGUUGGGUUGAAGGUUUUCCUCAGCGCUGGUCCCAGGGGUGGAAAUCUUUAGAUUUUAAGUUUUCUCAUAAUUUUUAUUGUAUUAACUUAAAUAACUAUUGUUUACCCUCUUAGCUUUGUUUGCAGUUGAUCUUUAAAUAAAAAAAAUAAAAAUAAAAUAUUGCGUUUUGUUUAGCUGAAAAUGCUUGGGUGGCAACUUGCUCAACUCAAAACUUAUUCUACACACUUGAAAUCACUUUAGGAGUUUGGUUGUAUUAGAGUUUUGGUUUUGGAUGAGUUGGGUCCAAAAGUUUGAAGCUUUAAAUGCAUUUGAAGCUCCAAUUUUUUUUUUCCAAUUUCUUUUGUUUAUUCUUCAUUUUUCUUCUUGUAAUCCGAUGUGGC